AUGCCCGUUGAUUACAGUAAAUGGGACGCUCUCGAGCUGUCUGACGACUCAGACAUCGAGGUCCACCCCAAUGUCGACAAGCGUUCCUUCAUCCGCGCAAAGCAGAAUCAAAUUCACCAACAGCGUGUUGAUCGCAAACACCAGAUCGAGACCCUCAAGUACGAAAAGAUUAUCAACGAUGGCUUGAUCAAGCGCAUAGAUGACCUGCUCGAAUCUCUUCAAUCAUUCAAACAAGAAGCCGAACAGGCUCAGUCAGGCUUUGAACGCUACAUCUUCCAGGCUCUCAUCAAGAGCACUGGCUCUCCUGACGCAGAUACCCCUCCUCCCCCAUCAGCUGGUGUCCAUGCAAACGUCCAAGAUCCUCCGCGCUACAGCAAGAUGAUGGCUGCCCUAGUCGACCAAGCCAAGCAGGCCGUAGACGAGACCAAGCCUGCCCCUUCAGCAUACUACGCUGCCUUCAUGACCGAAGUUACCUCGCACAAGACAAAGAUCCAGGACCUACAAGUACAACUUCUGCAGAAACUCGCUGAGCUCGAAAAGGAGGAAAAGUCAAAGAUUACCAGCGAAACUUACAGAACCGGUUUCGACAGCUCUCACGUCUCCAAAUCAUCAGCCAAGCCUGGUACCAGCAAAUCUUCUGCUACCCCCGAACUGCUUAACCCUUCGCGUCCUUCACUCCAGAAUGCUGAAACAGGUCAGACAUCUGGCGCCGAUGCCGAUAUUGAGGAUGAGUCGGUUGUGACAAAACCUGUCGCUAGUCUAGACAGCGAUGACGAAGACAUGCAGGCUUCACCACUAGCAAAGCGGUUCGCUAAGAUCAAGUACGGCGACUAUCGUUCUUCUCUGGAGUUCAUAUCAAACAACCCUGAAGUCAUGGGCGAGAAAGAGACGGAUGGUUUACUAGUCGAGGCCUUCAAUGCACAGAGUGACGGAAAGGACGACUACGCAAGACAAUGUGUCCACCAGGCACUCUUGCUACAGUACUGCCGACAACUCGGUCGCGAUGGAGUACAACUCUUCUUCAAACGCGUCACCACACAAGGUCACCAAGCACAGAAGUUGUUCAUGGACGACGUCAACUCAACAUACGCUAGGAUCAGGUCCCGCACAAGAGAACUCGCUGAGCAACGCAAGCGUGACGAAGCAGAGGGUACUGGCGGUGUUGAACAAAUCCAAUUGCACGCAGUCGACCCGAACACCACCAUCAACAUUGUCGUGCCACCUGCCGAUUCCACUGAUGAGGACGCUAAGCAAGCUCGCGCAGUCUUUGAGACCUUCCCGCCAGGUCUGCAACGCGCUCUCGAGAGUGGCAGCUUGGACAGAGUCAACGAGGUCUUGGGCAAGAUGAGCGUUGAUGAGGCCGAGCAAAUUGUAGCACAACUCGGCGAGGGUGGUAUGUUGAGUCUGGAAGAGGGCGUCAUUGAUGCAACGACCGAAGAGGGAAGAAAACAGAUGGAGGAGAUUGAACGUUCGGGAAAGAUGCCCUACGACCAGGAAGGGCGUGUGAUCGAAGAGGUUGAGGACCCUGGUAUGGAUUAA